UGUCUGGUGGAUGGUAAAGAUUCGAGUCACCGGGUUAGGUUAACAAGACCUACCUGUCGCCUGGCAACGGGCGCACAGAAGAGAGGGAGGGAAGAAAAAAAAAAGAACCCGAGUGUAUUGCGUACCUAUAAAUAUCUGCCAACUUGUUUUCCAAUCGAGAUAUUUAUCCCACUAACCACUACCCUUUUCGCAGAGCUUCCACUACGCGUCGAAAGAGCAGAGGGUGGAGUCCGCACCUGAAUCUUACAACUACGACUUGUACCUCACAAAGCCCGAAGACUCCACCACCAAAGCGCAACGAUUGCCGAAUCAGACGAUGUCUAUUUUCGAUAAGAUACCGCCAGGCUACGUCUCGGCGAAGGCAGCCAGGAAAGGGAAUCAAGUCAGCCGCUCCUCGUCCUACGGCGCCGACUCGGACACAGACACGGUUACGAACGCCAAUGCUCAGAAGGGCGCUAUGGCAAGCAAGGCCACGGCUACCAACACUAAGCGAGGCGGUAAGACCAAGCCCCUGCCAGCUGGAAGAUCCGCCAUGGCCAGCGUCUUGUCGAGUACCACAACACGAUCACUGCCGACCAGUCCUGCGCUUAACGCGGCCGCUUCCCCCAACCCGGCAUUUUCUGCCUCGCAGCAGCUGCUCGAGAAGAACAAGAGUCAGCGAUUCGUCCUGGUCCACGAGCUAGCCACGAGAGAUCAGGCUUACGAUCACUUGAAGGAUGUCUGGCGAGGAGCGGAAGCCGACCUGAAACCCACGGUAGAGAAGGUGGCAAGCUUUGACGACUUUACGAAGAAAUGGAGCCUUAACAAGAUGUACUGGAAGGAGCUGGACGUGUGGAAUUACGAUUACCGAAGCUACGACGACCGCCAGGCCGCGAUCGACAACGCCAUCCGGCAGUUUGACCGGCAGCGAAUUCCCACGUCCGCCUCCGAGUGGGAGCGGCUGCUUCCCCCGACAGACAGAGGCAAAGGGAUCGUCCUCAGCAAGCUUCAGGCAACUCUGGCAAAGGGUCACAUCACCCCGACAACUAGAGCGCCGGCAAUGAAGACGGACGACGGGAACAAGAGCGACCUUGACACCACAAAGGGAAAGAGCGAGGCCAUGGCUCGAUCGAACUCGCAGCCCGUAGGAAGCAAGACCAAGAAGGUCAGCGAACGCGAGGCGCAGACGAAGCGCCUCCUCUCGAACAACCCCAAGAAGGCUGCGCCGAAAAAGCCGGCCGCCAGGGCCAAGGCGACCGAAGAGAAGGGCAAGAAAUUUCUCUCCGAGGAGAAGGUGAUCGAUUCCGAGAGCAGCGGAGAAGACGCGCCACUGUCAACCACGAGCUCGAGCAUGAUGAAACCUAAGAUCGUGGAGAAGCCUGUCGACAAGCCCGUCGAGAAACCAGUCGAGAAACGAGUAGAGAAGCCGGCUACGAAAGCCGCAGAAAAGCUGAAGGAAAAGCCGGCUCCGGCUCCGGCCCCGAAGCCGAAGCCGGUAGUUCGAGCACCCCGACCUCCGGCCAAAGCUUCCGUCCCAAGCUCGCAGAAGCGAACUCGCGAAGACGACGACAGCAGCUCGAGUUCCGGCGCGCCCCUCAGCAAGCGAAUCAAACCAAAGGAGCUGCCGAAGCCGAUAUCCACCACGACAACGACUCUGAAGCAUCGCCCAUCGGACGUGAGCCCGAAUUCGAGAAAUACGGGCGCGGGAACUGCUACAUCUUCUAAUUUAUCGAUGAAGAGCAAGAAUACCUCGCCCACCAAGUCUUCGCCCCUCGCGUCCUCGCCGCCCACCAACGCCUCGGACUUCGAGGAUCACAAACCGCAGCCGGCCCAGCGCCCUCCCAAAUCUCAGGCGCGUAACGGGGAACGUGAGACCAACGGGGUGGCGAAUGGGUCCUCGGCUCCGAACGGUGCCAGCCAGUCCAAGAAGCGCAAGGAGCGCGACGUCGACCAAUCAUCCUCUCAACAGUCCUCUCAACAGUCGACGCCAAGCAAGAAGCAGCGGGUAACGAAGGAUAUACUAAUCAAGGCUAGGAUGUUCAACAAGUACUACGAGCGCUACGAGUCCUUACAUCACGAGAUCUCGGCGCUCAAGGAACCGCCCGAGGAUAAGCUUGCCGACUUGUUGGACAUGCGAGAACGGUUGUCGACCAUGAAGGAGGAGAUUUCGCAGGCGGUAUCUAAUUAACUACUCGCGCCAUCACCACACUCAUUGGAUGGGGAAACCUUGCCGAGGGUUGGCUGAUCGGCUCAGCCGAAUCGGAGCCAAGGUCGGGCUGGAGGAUCCGGCCGAGUAUUGACGCGAAAUGUUGAUUUCGGGGAAAAGCGUUCAUGAGUUUUCUUGUUUUUUUCCUCCGCCGCUC